GCCAGCUGAAUGCGGUCCCUGUGCCCCUGCGCAGAGACAGACACACCACAGCAGGAAAAGGAGCUUGCUUUCUUUCCACCUUUCUCCCUCCUUUUCUUUCCUUAAAUCCCCCCACCACCCAAUCCUUCCCUUCCAGACCUCCGUCCGUGCAAUCUGCCGUGCCACCAGCUACAGUGAGACUUUGCCACAAAAGGGAGGAUCUGCACACAGCAGGCAGAAGAGGAGAGGCCCCCUUCUGGAAUUCCUUCUAGACUCAUGGAUGCAACUGUACGAGAAAAGACCCUGGUUGGGAAUGAUUCUCUUCCGCCACCACCUACUCUCAGCCCUGCUGUGCCACCUUACGUGAUGCUGGGUCUAACGGUGGCAUACACUAUCUUCUACAUGCUGCUCUUUGCGUUUGUGUAUGUGCAGCUGUGGCUGGUACUGCGCUACAGACACAAGCGCUUCAGUUAUCAGACUGUGUUUCUGUUCCUCUGUCUGAUGUGGGCAGCUCUGCGCACUCUGCUCUUCUCAUUUUAUUUCAGAGACUGUGUGACAGCAAACACGCUUGGACCGUUUUCUUUCUGGCUGCUCUACUGUUUUCCAGUUUGUCUACAGUUCUUCACUCUGAGUCUGAUGAAUCUUUACUUCGCUCAGGUCAUUUUCAAGGCAAAGUCUAAACAUUCACCAGAACUUCAAAAGUACAGGCUCCCUCUGUACCUGCUCUUCCUGUCCAUCAGUGUGCUCUUCCUGCUGGUGAACUUGACCUGUGCGCUGCUGGUUAAGAUGACAAAGACAAACACGGAGACUGUAGUGCUGGUGCGAGUGGCUAUCAAUGACACACUGUUUGUCCUCGGUGCCAUCUCGCUCUCUUUGUGCCUCUAUAGCAUUGCCAAGAUGUCUUUAGCCAACAUAUACCUGGAGUCAAAGGGAACAUCGGUGUGUCAGGUGACUAUGAUUGGAGUGACAGUGAUCCUGCUGUACACUUCUCGUGCUUGCUACAAUCUAGUCGUGCUCGCAAUGGCAAACAUCAAGAGCAUCAACUCAUUUGACUACGACUGGUACAAUGUAUCAGACCAAGCCGAUUUGAAGUCGACUUUAGGGGAUGCUGGAUACGUGGUGUUUGGGGUGGUCCUGUUUGUUUGGGAGCUGCUGCCCACGUCCCUGGUGGUCUUCUUCUUCAGAGUCCGUAAGCCAGCUCAGGACAGGAGCGCAUCAGUAAUUCCAGGACACGUGUUCUCAUCUCGAGCGUAUUUCUUUGAUAACCCGCGGCGGUACGACAGCGAUGAUGACCUCGCAUGGAGUAUCAUACCACAGAACAUUCAAGCCAGUCUUGUGACAGACAGCUAUGACUGGAGCUGUCGGAACAGUUUUGCUGCUGAUGUUGGAGGUGAAGAGUCCCAUCUUGCACCAGAGGAGUUAAAUCCGUACUAAAACAAUCCCAAUGAGGAGUCAUCUGUAUGCAUUUUGCACAUUCCCCAUCUAUGACCACACUGUGCCGGCAGUCAUGGGAAAUAUUAUAUGUGAUGGACUUCUAUACAAUAUCUGGUAUCUUCAUUCGGAAACUUUAGGGCCAGUAGUGCAUUUUCUAGAUCUACAAAUCUAAUAUGAUUCUGAAUCAUUCUGGUACAGACUGUUUUACCGUGUUUACACUGGCAAUAAUAUAUGGAGGAAUAGUUUUCUCUUAUUUUCUGGUAGAAAUCAUUAAAAUCCUUAAAACAAGAAAAGGUAAAGUUAUUUGAGAAGCAAAAUGGCAUACGAUAUUUCGCCUCACUUUCAGAGAAAUUGAACAAAAUUUGGUGGGGUUUAUGCUUAAAAGAAGACAAAACUAUUUGCCAAAGGGGUGAGAAAAAUAAACUGCUUUCCUUUUACAUUUACACAUUUACACUUAUGCAUUUGGCAGACGCUUUUAUCCAAAGUGACUUAUUACGGGACAAUCCCUCCCCGGAGCAACCUGGAGUUAAGUGCCUUACUCAAGGACACAAUGGUGGUGGCUGUGGGGAUCGAACCAGCAACCUUCUGAUUACCAGUUAUGUGCUUUAGACCACUAUGUCGGUUUCUUAAAACAGGGCAAAAUAUCUAAUGCCAUUCUGCUUCUCAGAUAAAGAAAAUAAUAUUGCAUCGUAAAAUCCAAAAAAGCAUUUUAAUUUCAGUUCUAUUCAGCUUUACAGAACUUUAUAGGUGAUCAGAUGAAGGGGAAACAAAUAUGCCACUGUCCCAUAGAUUAUUUCUGUUUUUGGAGAAACAGAAGUGCAAUAUAAUGCAUGAACUGAACGCUCAUUUUAUGACAAUUUAAAAUGUAUUUAUUUUGAAAUGUUGAGGAGGAGGAUUGGGUUGUUGUCCAUUCUUUUUUAUAAAUAUAUUUUUCAUGUUUAAUUGUACAGUUUGUAUCUUUGUUAGUCUUUACAUUAAUAAAA